UCGAUAGGUCUUUCAAAAACGAAGCUAGCUGGAUCCGCACGAAAAGUUUGUGCAAUUUGAUUUUGGUCAAUUUAAUAAAUAAAAUAAAAAAUGUCCUAUGGGCUUGAUGCGGAAUCGCUGGAGACGCUCACCUUCGAACGAUCCAAAACUUGGUCGAAUUUUUUAAAGAGUUGCGAGGAAAUUAAAAAUGGAGAUGAAAUUCAUGUGUCGCAAUUUGAAAGUAUAUUCGAUGAUCUGGGUACCGAGGAGCAGGACGAAGAAUCCAUGAUGGAGUUUGAAGAGGCCGAAGAAGAUGAUGUCGAGGACGACAUAAAUACAACACAUCACAUGACGAAAUCGCAGUUAACACAGAUGCUAACCACCGGCACCAAUAAGGAAAUUCUCGACCAAACAAUGCCCAUAGUGGAGGAACAUAGGCGCAAGUGGAAGGAGGCGGGCUUGGACCGCAUACUCAACACAUUCGAUGCCCAUCAGAUCGAAGAGCAUGUGGGUGGGUGGAUGCGACGCAAUAAUAGUUGCUAUAUUGGACCUUCUCCUAAGGCAUCAGCAUUAUCAGAGUACUACAAACACCAUGAGCUGGUCGAAAGCGAGGAGGAGGAGGAGGAGACCGAGCAGACAGUCCUCUAUAUGCGUAACAGUUGUAAAAGCUCGGCCAGCAAGAAAUGCCAAAAAAGUCCACGCACAGCCGUUAAAAUGUAUCGCACUCUGCCCCCGAUGCACAGUGAACGGCGUGCCCGAUAUGCCGCCUGGCAGCUGAGCGAAGAGCAGGAGCAACGUAAGCACAUGCGAUCGAUGAUCCAGCAAAGCAAAGAGCGACAUCGGCGACAGCGCGAACGUGAGCUAAUCUUCCACACGAGUCCACGACACUAUUCGUGCAGCAUGGUGCACAAAAUGCGCAAGCAUCGCGACUACUCACGCUUAUUGCCAGCAUCGUUGUCCAGCGAGGAAGAACUGGAGAAUAGUCUCUGCGAAUGCGAGUCCUGCAAUUCGACAACUGCUGCUCAUUCAUACUAUUCGUCUUAUCGCAAUAACUAUCAUAGUCGCAGUAUGCGCGAUCCAUAUCUUCGUGAUCAUCAUCAUCGGCAUGAGCAGCGUUACGCACUGGAGUCGCGAUCGUUCUCCAACAAUGUGUAUUGCAAGCGCAGCAUGCGACAUCAGCUGCAGCGUCAGCACGCCUUUGACCAUGAUCGUCGUCCGCGCUUGGUAGAGAACAAAUGUGGAUGCUGCAAUAGUGGGCGACUCUGCUCGAAAGUGGUGCACAUUGCCAACAGCUCAACGGAGGAAUGGGUGGUGGAGAACAAGAGCAGUCCUGAUGCCUACCCUUUUGAGACACCAAAGCAGAGUUCUUCACGUGGGAAGACACCUCUUAAAAUGAGUACAACACGCCCCAAGGCGCCUGCUAAAACAAAAAUCAAAACUAUUGACGAGGAACUGUGGUUUGAGCCACCCAAAGUAAACCUUGGCAAUAACGUCAAGACGAACAUUAGAGCAAAAAUGAAAUCAAUUGAAGAAGAACGUCUCAUUGAGCCACCCAAAGCAACAUUUUUCAACAAUUUCAUGGCGCCCAUUAAAUCAAAGAGCAAAGCAGUUGAAGAAGAUAUGAUUUUUGAGACACCCAGAACAACAGUUGCCAACAGCUCCAAGGCGCCAAUUAAAACAAGGUCAAAGGACAAAGAACUUGCAGAUGAAUUCCUUUUUGAACCACCUAAAGAAAAAUUGGGCAACAAAUCGAGGGCACCAAUUAAAUCAAAAAACAGGGCAGUUGAAGAAGAUAUGCUUCUUGAGACACCUGCAGCAACAAUUGGGUACAACACCAAGGCGGCAAUUAAAGCAAAGUCAAAGGACAAAGAACUUGCAGAUGAAUUCCUUUUUGAGCAACCUAAAGAAAAAUUGGCUAAACAAUCCAAGGCGCCCAUUAAAUCAAAGAGCAAGGCAGUUGAGGAAGAUAUGCUUCUUGAGACACCUACAGCAAAUGUUGGCAACAGCUCCAAGGCGCCAAUUAAAGCAAAGUCAAAGGACGAAGAACUUGCAGAGGAAUUUGUUUUUGAACCACCUAAAGAAAAAUUGGGCUACAAAUCGAGGGCACCAAUUAAAUCAAAAAACAGGGCAGUUGAAGAAGAUGUGCUUCUUGAGACACCCAAAGCAACAGUUGGCAACAGCUCCAAGGCGCCAAUAAAAGCAAACUCAAAGGACAAGGAACUUGCGGAGGAAUUGCUUUUUAAGACACCUACAGCAACAUGUGGCAACAACUCCAAGGCACCCAAUCAAACAAAUAUGAACGAUAUUGAAGAAGAAUUAUAUAAGCAACCCAUACUAGUAACCAGCAAUACAAAAUCCAAGCCAAAGGCAACUGUAUCGUUCUCCAAUGCUGUAGAAUCCGUGCCAAGCACAUCAAAGGCAUCAACGAAAUCCAAGGCUCAGAAGAGUUCUAAGAAGGAGCAACAAUUGCCGACAAAUGAUGUUCAAAAUUCUGUGGCCAGUCCACCAAAGUCGACGCCACCAACGCCUGAGAAACCAAUCACUAAGGCUAGGGCCACUAGAGCCGCCAAAGCACCAAGGCAAAAGAAGCCAGCAACUAAAACAGCCAAGAAAGUGGCUAAAUCGAAAAAGAAUCAGGAGGAAAUAGAUGAAGAUGAACUGGACGAAGAAUUCAAGCGAGCCUUGGUGCUGUCCGAGCAAACUUAUGUGGAGGAGCAAAAAAAAUCGAAGUCACAAGCAGCUGCCGAAACCGAAUCGCCGCAGUUACCGGAGCAAUCGAUGUUUAACAAUCAAAGUGUGGCAUGCAACUCAACGGCGCUGAGCAAUGACACAGCGUGCGGACGUACUCUUAAACCACAAAAGAAUAGAGUCAACUCGAAUGUCUGUAUUGAUCUCUGUAGCCCAGACAGCUCUCGAAAUGAUAUACCAGCUGAUACGGACUGCACCAUGGUUACAUCGACGACGACAGGAUGUGAUGAAGCAGUUGCUGCUGCUGCCAAGCGACCGCAGUUGAAGAUAUCGAAGAAAGGUGUGCUCCUGUAUGAGCCACAGAAUAUGGUUGAAAACAGUCGCAGUGAAAGUAUUAUUUCAAACAAAAGUACUGCGAACUUUACGCUUUCAGAGCAUACUUUGAGCCCUAUUAUUGGUAAACAAAAAGCCCGCAAGUUUUUCAAAUACUACACGGGCAGCUGCAGCUUUGAUAGUCGCUGCUAUGUUUAUUAUUGUCCACCGGACAAAUUGUUGAAUGCCUUGAACACCGAUUCCAAGUCCUUAGAUGUAGAUUUAGAUUCAUCUGGUUCUAGCAGUUGCGACGAUGAUUUGGAAAUAUUGGCAGGCUUGGGCGUCAUUUACACCGAGAUAGAUAAAGGCAACGGGGACGAUUGACUCGUUUGACAAUUAAAUUAUUAUUUAGAAGACCACGAUUGUUUCAAAUAGUUUUAAGAUAAUUAAAUCCACAUUUUUUCUUUGUAUAUCUCAUAAUUAUAAUAAAAAAGUCCGUUACCAACUAAAAAACUUAUCUACAUGUAAAUUAAAAAGUAUCUUACAGAACAAAAAAUAUCCGUUUUGUUUGCUUUUGCUCGAAAUUAUUUUGCUUUCUAUUCGGAUAAUUAAAUCCAACUUUGUUGCUUGUAUAUCUCAUAAUUAUAAUAAAAAAAAUUCGUUA